AUGCGCGGGAGUGGAAAAUGGCGUCACCCAGCUGCCCCGGUCACUAGUAUCGGAACUCAGUCCUCCAGGGUAAGCAGUCGCACACCCGUCCUUUGUCUUCAGCUUUCGUCCACUCCCCGCUUUUACGCCAUCCGUGACCAAGCUGUCAGGUUGCCAGGCGGCACCUCCCUCCUGAGUUUUAUCUCAGAGGGGGCUGUGUUUCCUGGCCCCUCGCUUCUGAGGGACUGCGGCUUUGCCCCGCUCAGAUUCUCUGCGGGAGGGUCUCACCAAGCACUGGCCGCGGGCCGGUCGCCCUCAGGAAGGUUCCGGGACCGGUUGCUGCCGACGCCCAGAGACUGCGGCCGGGUGCCAGCCCCGCGCCGGAAAAAGUUCCCGCGAUCGUGUAGCGGCAGCGUCUCGGGGACGAUGGAAAGUCACAACCCGCACCUGGCACCGGGCUUCACCCCCAGCGACCUUGUUCCAGCACCAGCGAAUGUGGCCCUUCUCUGGGGUCUCCUGGGACCAGGUGGCUGUGCAGCCUCUACCAGAUGUCCUCCCAGCAGAGGAACCGCCUCUGCCUCUGGAAAGAUCGCUCUGGCUGCUGUGCGGACAGAUGCAGGCAGACCAGGUAGGAGGGAGUUUACCCAGCAGCAAAGACCACGCUUCCAGCCACUCUCCGGCAUUGUUCCCGAUCCCGUUAUCCCACAAAGGAAUCAUCUGAGACAUCAUCUGUCUUGUGAAGCCUUCUAUGGCCUCAGGAUAUCCCCACCCCCACACCGGCUGUGGUCCCACAGCUACCUCUACUUUGACUGUCUGUUUGGAUGCCUGUUUUCUCCGUUGGAUUCCGGGCAGCAGGAAUAUAUAAUGAUACAUUUAUAAAUACCUGGAGGAGGACAUCUUGAUUAUUUAUCAGCACUCCCUUUUCUUGGUCACCAAGAAAUCUAAGUUAUAAAUAGCCCCAACAUGAUGCUCCAUUUAGCUGUUCAGCUCGUCCAUCUCCUGGCUGCAAUCUUUUGAUUUUCUGCACAGAUGAAUCAGCAAAUGUCUUGAGUGAUCAAAGGCUCAAGUGGAUUAACUACUUCUGAGCAUUAGAGACUGAGAUGAAUCCUCCCGAAGAAAUCUCAUCACAGAUGGUUCGGAGCUGCACUGAUUAGAAUGCUUACUGUUCCAGCACUAGGACACGUUUAGAGAACCAGUGUUCCAGAAAUCUCCAACCUAUAGGAUAAAUCGAAAGGUUCCUGGAGGGAUUUAGAUGGCCUUCUGGGAUCAUGCCUGCCCUGUAUCUCUGCAGCUCGGUAGGUUAUCAAUCCCCGCUUCACAAUUGAUGCUCUGAGAGAACGAUCAUUGGAAAUGGUGAGUCUAUCUUCUUCUCCGUGGGUCUUUCCUUGACCCACGUCAGCCCGCAUGCCGAGAGCACGGCUGCCCCGCAGGGGGCAAGGCAGAUCAGAGAUCAGCGGCAGGCUGUCGAGCCAGAUGGACGAGUCCAAAUCUGGAGCGGGAUCUUGGACGAUUUACUUAACCUCUCCUGUCCUUGGUUUCCUUGCUUGCAAAACGGGGAUGGUAAUAAUAAAUCAAGCCUCCUAGGGUUAUUAUGAGGAUUAAAUAAGUCCUUAUAUGUAAAGCACUUAGGUCUAACAACUUCUACAAACACUCAGCUAAUAUUAUCAAUCUGCAGGUAGACGACUGUCAUAAAAGGCAGGGAAUGUGCAUUUAAAAUCAACAAAGCUUUCCUGGCAGUGAGGCUCCCUGCUUUCGCUCUCCUCCAGCUUGCUGACUGGCUCCCUGGGCGCUCAGCCCCUGAGGGCUGUGAUGGACUGCAAUACGGUGCAGCCUUGUGCACCCUCAAGUUCGUCUCCCUGGGUCCCCACACUCUGUCCUUGACCAGUCCUCGGGAGCCCACGUACAAAGCCUGCUCAACUUCUCCGAGCUAUCUGUUCUCCUCGGUGCCCAGUUCUGCCUAACCCAGGAUGUGACGUCUCACCCUGUCUAGUCACACUGUUCUCGGAACACGCCAGGGAGCUGAUGUUUGUCAAUCAAUAAGAGCUGAAACUCCACCAGCAUCAUUGGCUACCCCAAGGGGAGACUUGGAGCCGAUGUGGGGGGGGGGCAGUAAAAUUGCCACCUGUCCCCUUCACUGAUAUGGUGGGUUGACAUUUUCAUAAUCUACUGUCACAUGCAAUGCAAAGCCCGCUUUAAGAUAAGUCCUCUAGCCCAUACCUUCCUGAUGCUGUCCUUACAUCAAUUUUAAAAUUACGAAAUAUAUUCGUGGGUCAAGUUAUAGUUACUUUCCAAUUUUUUUUGGAAACAAAAGAGUAUAGAAUGGUUAAAAUGGAAUGGAAUGGAAUGGAAUAGAAUAGAAUAGAAUAGAAUAGAAUAGAAUAGAAAAUGAGUACAUGGCAAACACUAAGGGUAAGUACUGUGUAAUAUAUUUUGUUCAAUUUCAUAUAUCUUUUUAUGCAUUUGUGUAUACACGUAUGUGCACACUGGAGCAUGACAUCAAAGGUAUUUUUACUCUAGGUCAAGGGAUGGGGCAGUCUACAAAGCACUAUCUGGAGCCCUUCUCAUAGGAAAUAUUUUGCGGUCCAACUCACUGGAAUUACCCACAACUCUGUCUUUUCUCUUUCUAAGAUACGAAGCCCUUCAAAAUAGCAAAGUAAAGUGAAAUACAUGAAAUAAAAUCCUCCCUGACAUGUUUCCUCAUUUGAGGACCUCAGCCACAUCAUCCCUGGGAACGUGGAGACACGUUCCCUGGGAACCUGUGCUCACAGCCACCCCCCGAGGGGGAAGCAAUCUGUCCCCGCAGGAGUCCCAGGCACAGUGGAGAUGAUCAGGUAAGCAAGAACAGCCGUCCCUGCCCCCAGAGAGAUUUUUAGUCACAGAGAGUGACAAAGACUUGCCGGUGAACUCCGAUCACCAGAAAGUCCGCUUUCUAUGGGUGUCACGUCUACAUAUUGGAGCUUGGAAAAUAUUUAAUGAAUGAACCUUCGUUUCCUCUGCCCCUGUCCUAAUACACCCGUGGUUCCACACAUUCACACUGACUCGCCCGUGGGAAGCUUUGCCCCCUGUUCCUUCAGCGUUUGAUUUUCCCUCCAGGUAUGUGGUUUUCAAGCAUUUUCAGCAGCUGAGCCCUUGGCUUCAAAGAAAAUCUUUAACAGCACCCUAACAUAUAAAACAGAUAAAAACCAUGAAAGGGGUCCUACAGCGUUGAAAUCACCAUUGUUUGAUGAGGGAAAAUAACUAUAAUAGGUUUGUUUUGCUUUGUUUUUAAGAACCUCCGCAACCUAUCUUUAGAGCCUGGUUUGAAAAAUAAGUACUUGAGACACUAUGGCGAGGUAGGUCCUGUCCAUCGCUGAGUGUUUCUGAAGCCUGAGUGGGAGAGUGCAUGGCCUGGAUCUUUACUGGAAGCCGCACAGGCCUGUUCUAUUACUAUUUCAAAAGAAAACAGUUCGACACUUUUUUUUAUUUGGAAAUAGUUUGGGACUUACAAAAAAGUCAUGAGAAAGCAGAAUUCCUGCAUAUCCUUGACCCAGCUUCCCCAAUGAUGACGUCUUCCAUUGCCAUAGUACAAUGAUGAAAAGUAGAAAAUUGACACUGGGGCCUUCUGGUAACUAAAUGACACACCUUAUUCAGUUUUCAUCAGUGUUUCCAUGAGGGUCCCUUUUUCUGCAUUUAGUUGUUGUGUCUCCUUAGUAUUUUUCAAUUGCUAACAGUUUUUGGUCUUUGCCUUUUAUGAUCAGGAUGUUUUUUAAGGGUAU